AUGGAGCAUUUGCAUAAUCAUCAUCAUUCUCAUGAUCCAUAAGAGAGAAGAGAGAGUAAUGUCAGUGAAGCUGAUUUACUGGAUACUGAACACUGUAUAUUAUGCUUCAACGAUCUCAGAUUCUUCGGUCUUGGAAAAUGCAAUCAUAAAAACGUGUGUCAUACUUGUAUUCUGAGAUUGCGCUUAAUUAUGAAAGAUAUUUAAUGCCCAAUAUGUAAGACUUAACUCGACGAAGUCUUAAUUACUGAAAAUCAAGACAUAACUUUUAGCUAAUUUAAGUUAGAACUACAAGAAAAUUUACUUAAUGAUAAAGAAGAUUAGAAUGUGUAUUAUGAAAAUGGUAGAGCUAAAGCUGCUGGGUUAAAGCUUAGGGCACUACAAUGCUUAAUUAUAAAUUGCAAUCCUGGCUAUUAGUUCCAUACUUUAGAAGAGCUCAAAAGACAUUUAGAAAUCGACCAUUAGAAAACUUUUUGUAAGAUUUGCCUAAAGGGAAGAUUAGUGUUUAUAAGAGAGCAGAAACUGUAUAACAUUAAAUAUCUUAAAAAUCAUAUUCAAUUUGGCGAUGUCGGAUCAGAUAGACAAGCCGAAAUUUUACCUCAUCCAUGGUGCGAUUUUUGUGAAGAGUACUACUUUAAUGAUAUGAUAUUCUCAGAUCAUUUGAACAGAAACCACUUAACCUGUCACUUAUGCGGUGACUAAUACAAAAACAUUUUCUACAAAGAGUAUGCUAACUUGGAAAAUCACUUUGCUUGGUCACAUUUCCUAUGUCCUUAUGAAAAUUGCAAGGCUAAGUGUUAUGUAUCAUUCAGGACUGAGGAUGAACUGCAAGCUCACGUUGAUAUAGAGCAUAGAUCUAAGGAAAAAGCAAUAAAAGCUAAUGCUUUACUUGGAUUUGAUUAUGAUUAAUAACAGAAAAAGAAAGUUCAUCAUAAAGUUGAGAUUAAAGACUCAGAAGGAGUUGAUUUCAGCUUCUAUUUCUCAGAAAAGUAUAAUUUCGUUCAUGAUAAAAAGAAAAAAGAAUAGCAAUAUGCCUAAGAGCAUUAAGAUAACUAUCAAAAUCAAAACUAUAGAGGCAGAGGUGGCAGAGGAAGAGGCCGUGGUGAUCGUGGAGGUCGCGGAGGCCGAGGUAAUGAUGGAGGAUAUUAAGGACCUCAUUACUUAGAUGAUAGGUACUAAUAAAGGAAUGAUUAAAAUAAAGAAGAUAAGACAAAUGAUAAAAGUUAAGAACAAAGUCUUAGAAACUAAAAAACUCCAAAAGGAAAGCUAUCCUUAGCCUUAAGUUUCAUCUCUAAAUAUAUUACUGAUAAAAUGUAGAAAGAACCAGAAACAGAGCAAUAGGAAUACACAGCCCCCAAAUCUCUACUAUAUCAAAUGUAUUUCGUUAUUGCAAAAUUAGAUGAAAAUAAAUUAGCAAGAUUAGACUUUUUGGUUAACUUUGGAGUUUCUCUUGAAGUUAUUCACUUGAUGUUAGAUUUAAUUGAAAAUGGUGGAGAAUAUGACAGUGCAAUUAGAACAUUUAAUCAAAUUCCAUUUAGUACUCUCUUGAAGGUGAAUAAGUAUCUUUCAUGGGCAGAUAAAAAACUUCACUCAGUGUUUUACAUCGAAAAUAAAGAUAGUAUUAGUGAAGAUCUUUUAAAUGACUUUAAAGAUCCAGAUAAUGAGGCUAAGUUUGUGAAGCCUUAAGGGCUAAGCAAAGGAGCCUCACUAAAGGAUAGCAAAGCUGAAAAUGUAAUUAUUAAAUCUGAAAGCUUAUUAAGUGAGCAUGACUAUUUGUUUGGUAAAAAGAAAGACACAUCUAAGAUUAUUGAUGUCAAAAGCAAUCAAGAUUUUCCAACUUUAGGACUCGGAGGAGGUCCAGUGCUUGACUUGGGAGCUUAAGAAUAAGUUUAAAAAGGCCGAGGAUAAACAAGCUAGGCCUUAGGCAGGAAAUAAGUUUCUGAAAAUGUUAAAUGGGGAGGUCAAAUUCUUGAGGAGAAGAGGCCGGUUGCAACUCCAAUCUAAUAAAGUUAUGGCUACUCAGGAAAGACUGAGAAGCAGAAGAAGUAACUUGAGUAAUCUAAUUUCCCAGGUCUGCCAGGAAUGUAAGUAGCUCCUAAGAAAAUAGAACCAGUUCAGACUGUGUUUGAAUAAAAGAAGGUUGAAGAGAAAAAGGUUGAGGUUAAAAAGAUUGAAGAAAAGAAAGAGGAGAAAAAGCCUUUACCAUAAGAAGAGAAGAAACCUGAACCAAAGUAGGAGGAAUGGAGAGCCUUAGGGGAGGAAGAGUAAAAAUAAGAGGUCUCAACAGCUGGAGGUAAGAAAGCUGGAGGUGGACGCAAGAAGAAGGGAGGAGCUGGAAAGGCUGUCGAAUUAAAAUCAGGGUUUUAUUGA